UCACCGGGAGAGAUUCGAAGCAAUGAAGCGAAUUCUGGCGUCGCUUGUCCUCGUGACGACGGUGGCCGCUUGUGCGGCCGAUUGCCAGCCGGAUUUGAACGGACGUCAAGAUUGGUACCGCUGCGAGUGGCUCACGAAUUUGGAGUUACAGAUACCCGCGGGAGCGGUCGGCAUCGACAUUAGGAACUCGAGCAUUGCAACAAUACCGUCGGACGCGUUCACGCGCUACGCCAACACACUGGAGGAACUGAACAUCACCGGAUCCGGCGUGGAGGAAAUCCAGCCGCACGCGUUCAGGGGUCUCGGUAAAUUGCGCGUGUUGGGCUUGGUGGACAACAAGAUCCGCGCGUUGGACACGUCGUGGCUUCGUGAUCUACCGCAGUUGAGCGCGCUCGUCGUUUGGAGCAAUCGCAUCGCCACCAUCGACACGCGCUUAUACGAUCUGCUGCCGAAUCUGGAGUUCUGGGACAUCGCGCACAACGAGCUGGUCGACUGCCCGACGGCCGAGUCUCUGAAGAAGCUGGCGCGGCUGCGUAGGAUAUACAUCGCCGGCAAUCCGUGGUCGUACCGAUGUCGCUCCUCGAUGACGUGGUAUUUGGGCAGCAACCACAUCCGCUUCCUGCAGGACUGGGGCGCCACCGACCUCGUGGUCGAGGAAUGCCUCGCUCACGCCCCGGGCGCCGCCACCGACGAUGUCGCUCUCAACAAUUGCGUCGAACGCAAAACCGUCUCCGCUGACAUGAUGUCCCACGUGAACACGUCGAUCCAGUAUCUCGUGAAGAAAGUCAUGCAACUGGAAGCUGACGUUACCGCCUUGAAGAAAGCAGGUGGAUAUUAAAGGGAUGCUGAAGCUGAUAACUUUACCGAUAGAACACUGACAUUUUUCUGCAAAGUUUACGUUGUAUUGAUUACACAGAAUUGCUUUUACGCAAAUGCUUUUACGCAAUAAAAGUACGUGCAAAAAUAAAUAAGAGCAUUGCUCGAUAUGUGAUAAAAAUGAACAAAAGUUUUAAUGUAAAAUCUCAAGCUGUCAGUUAGCGUAAUAUUUGCCUAAUCCAAAAGUUC